UCAACGGUGGAUCUAAGACCCCGCCCUAAUUAGCUCUCCUUCGGCGUACCGUGGUGUGGUGAAGGAGCGAGCACCUAUACGUUCGCAGUAUCCAAUCAGCGUUGUCAAAUGCAAGUCGUUGACCGUGGCGAUGUAUGUGUUGUGUGGUAGCUGCUACGAGCAGGGCUAGACAGGCAGUAUGGCGGAGGAGGGCUGUGUGUACGAGUUAGAGGGGCUAGAAACACAAUUACAGAAUUUGUUAAGCCGCUACUCAAGUGAUGAAUCGCGAACCGACAGUAAACCGUUCUGCUCUGACUUUUGCAAGCUGGUGGAGGAGUAUGCCUCACGCUGGCAGGUGCCACUGCCUCAGCUCAGGAUCCUUGAGAUAGCUCUCUGCUACUUUGCUCGAGCCUCUACCUUCUUCACAUCAAACUGUGAUCAUGUGCUCCACACACUCAGUAGUCUGGCCUUGAGUGUUUUUGAGUUGCUGCUGUUCUUUGACCAGAGAGACUUCCAUCAGGAGCCACUGAAACACUUCACUGUUACAUUCCAGGAAUGUCAAUUGGCCCUUGCAAGGCAUCAGAAUGUUCACUUACUUCAGGUGGAGCGUUUGGUUCAGGGCGGCGGGCUUUGGGCCAGCUCGGUCUUACAGGCAAUCCUCAGUGAGUCCAGUUUACCUCAGAAUGAAGUGGAUGGGUGCAUCAACUCUGAGCUGCCAGUGUUCUUUGAGCUUCGGGUGCGCUACCUUUUAACCCGUGAGCGGGUCAGUGAGGCCAUGGCCCUGGCAAAGUGUUGUGCUCGGCAUCCCACAACAGGACAACACUUGUUCUUCCUCCAGGUCUACCUCACGUGGCUUUACAAAACUUCACAACAUGACCGCCUACAUGAAGAGGUGGAUGACCUUAAUGGUAAAGAUGCAGUUCACAUCAUCUGUAGUUUGGAGUGUGAGGAAAAGGAUGACUUGCUGCUAGCUCUCAGCAGAGCCAUCCUCUCCCAGAAGCUCCGCAGGGGAGACAUGUACUAUUUGUGUGAUCUUGUCUUCAUAUGGAGUAAACUUCAUAGUCGGUUGAAUACAUCAAAGCAAGCUCUACUUGAGGAGAGUCAUCAGCUGAUGCUGUCUGCCACCAAUGUUAACUCAAUCUUCCCUUUCAUCAGAGCCAUACUGCAAGAGCUGGGUGAAGAUGGUAUCCAAUUCUGCGUGGAGCUUUGUGCUAAUGCCCUGGAGUCUUGCCUUCCCUGUGAUGUUGUGACGAAGUCCCUAAUCUAUAAAACCAUUGCCGGCCUGCUUCCCAAUGACUUGGAGGUUUGCCGAGCAUGUGCUCUUCUUGUCUUCUUCCUGGAACGCACUGUUGAGGCCUACAAGAUGGUGUACCUUCUUUACAUGCAUCCUGAUCAGGAGUAUCAUGUGGAAUACAGCCCCAUCGGAAAUCAUGUUCGCUUUGAAACACUGCAGGUCUUGAAAAAAGACCUCUAUUUUGACCCAGAGUUUUGGAACCUCAUUGCUUUGCGGACAAAUUGUUUGAAGUUGAUGAGUGAGAAGGUGGUUAGUGCUGCCCUUGAAGAAAUCAUGGAGGACAAAUGGAUCCCUAACUAUUGCACCAAAGAGCCCGCUUUCCGGUCAAGCACAUCAUUAUGUCAGAAAGGAAGUAAAGGGGCACUUCAGGCAGCAGCAAAGAAGCGGCAUCAUAAAGAGGAUACUGACACUGCUUCCAAAAAAUUAAAGGUGGGCCCAGGUAAAACGCGACUAAAUGUUGAUCACGCUGUAAAGAAGAAAGGCACCCAAGGAUCACGACCUUUGAAGGAAGCAUCAUCUGAACGUUUGAGGCGUUCAUUUUGGCAGCUAGACAGAAUACAGGACAAUGUUGCUAUCGGGUAUGGAGAACAUAGACGCACCACAAGACUCUCAGAGAAGAACCCACCUAAACGGAGGAUUAGAAAACCCAAGUGGCUUCUGGAAGACUCGGGAACUCUUGAAGAGAACAAUGCUCCUCCGAAGAUCAAAAAGCACGAAUUGAAACAUCAAAAGCACCAUCGAUCUUCUGUCGUAAAGAGGUCUGAAACUGGUCAUAUCAAGAACAAUGCUAAACACAAACCUUCAGUAAAUUCUCAUUUAAAGGCAAGGGAAAACAACAAGCACCAGAGAGGAUUUUCUUUGGAUUGUCUUAAAGCAACCACCCCUCCACAAGUAAUUCUUGAACUCUCCUUGCCAGACAAUGAACUGAUGGGUACAUUUACUGAGGACACUUGCAACAGACAAAGAGGGUUCCCUCAAGUGCUUCUUUACAAACCUACAGUAAAGCUUCCUGCCAUAUCACAACCCAUGAAGACUGUACAUCGCAAAGAGGUUAUUCUUAGAGCGCGGGAUGCACCAAUGUUUGUGCAACAGUUGCACUGUUAUGCUCGGCGGCAGAAAGGAAAGGGUAAUGGGUCAAAUGUUCACGGCUCAGUAUCAACAAUCACACGCUCUUCUGUGCAGGGAAGUCCUCCUAAAGAUCCACUAAGAGAAUUCUGUGAAAAGCCUGAGAUGAAAGGUGGAAUUGCCUCUCAGACACCAACAACAGAUGAAGUUACAGCAUCCAAAGAAAAAGUCCUUCAAGCUCAAACUACUAAAGCAGUCUUACGAAAGACAUCUGCAGCAAGAGAGCUCUCUGAAAAGUCUGCUGAUGAGAUGAAAGCUACUGUUGCUCCACAUACACAAGCAGCAGUAAAAGUGACAGAAUCCCUAGUUUUAGACAAGGUCCCUCAACCUCCAAGCAAAGGAAAAGUCUUUCAAACCAUUACUUCAGCAAGAGGGCUCCAUGAAAAGUCAGCUGCUGAAAUGAAAGCUACCACUGCCUCACAGACUUUGGCAGCAGUUGAAGUGACAGGGGCCCCAGUGUUAGAUAAGGUCCUGCAAGCUCAAACCACAGCCUCAGCAAGAGAGCUCUGUGAAGAGCCUGCUGUUGAGAUGAAAGUCACUAUUGCCUCACAGACCCCAGCAGCAGCUAAAGUGUCACAAUCCCCAGGUUUAGAUAAGGUCUGUAAAGCUCAAAGUGCAGAAGACCUCUCAAUAACCACAGCUUCAGAUGAGGUUUCACAGACCACAACUGCAGACAACAAUCAGAAGAUGGUUACUGAUGGAAUCCUUCUAGUCUCCAAUAGGGCCAACAAUUCAAACAUUGGCUCUGCAGAUCCCACGCCCUCUCAUUCCCAAGAUGAUGUUCUUAGAGAUGGGGAACAAGAACUUCAGUCACUUACCUCUCAGGCUGACACUGGCAAAAUUCCUGUAGCCGAAGCAAAAGCAGACACUCAAGAGGUGCUCACCACAAUCAGCAACAGCAUUGCUGAGGUGGAUGUCGCAGAAGAUUUACCUAAAGAUGCAAAAGGACAUGCAUCUGGUGAAAAAGACACAAGCCCCAGAGGAAACAUGGUCACUCUUAGUAAGGUAUCAGAGACUCCGGGUACUUGUUUACCUACAGACCUGGACAGUAUAAAUGACAUAUCUGCUCUGACAUUAGUAACAGAGAUGGUUACUGAACUUUCUCCUGAGGCACUUGCUCGAGAUCUCGAGAAUGACAAACCUCAAGCUCCAGAGAACAGUGCCUCCAAGGAGUCCACAGCUGGAAGUAAACCUGAAGUACCUCAUAAAAUAUGGACUGCCUCCAGCUGCUCUGAACCAGAUAGGGAGGCCUCUGUGGUUGUUGAUGUGCAACUGAAGAAAGGGAAAGAAGGAACUCAGGAUAUUGCUCCAGAAACACCUGAGAACAGUGAGCCUAUGGAAACACAACCAGAAUCAGAGGAAUCAAAAUUGGAGUACUGUUGUACCUUCUGCAACAAGGUCUUCAAGGGAAGUCGUGUUGUAUCACAUGCAAUGUUCCAUUAUCGUAGAGACGAGUGCAUGUUCUGUGGGACAAUGUUCAAAGAUGACCUUCUGGCCAUGAUGCACCUUUCUGAUCAUAUAGAGAAGCUAAAGAAGAGCAAAGAGUCAGUCAGUAACAAAGCCCAAGAAAACCCGGUCUCAGAGACCAAAGAUAAUUCCACACCUAAAACCUCUGCCAAAGCUAAGACCACAAAUACGUCUUCUAGUCGUCGUAGUAGUGGGAGACCGAAGAAAUCUGCUGUUUGUCCUAAAUCAGAAAGCCUUCAAGAUUCAAGCCCGUCUGAAUUCAGAAAGUUAAGAUCUAAUGACAAGCAGGUGGAUGGUCAGUUUUUACAAGGAAAGAAACAAAAUACAUCAAAGCACCUUAACAGCGAAACUCCUUUUCAUAAGAUAAAUGGGCAUAUUGGCAAACGGAAAGAACUUGACACAGCAAAAAAGGACUUGGAAGCCAAGCAGCCACUUGCACAACAGGAGAUCUCCCGAGAAAGAACGAGUAAUGGAUCUGGGAAUCCCGAGUUGCCAGAAAACCAAGAUAUAGAGAUGGAUUCCUCUGCAUCUUCAAUUCAGGUAGGGAAAGAGUUUGGUUGUCCCACUGAGGAUAAAAUGAAGGAGACAGAAUCUCUGCAGGUCCUGAAGGCAGCCACAAAAGAAAAUGGGAAAGCUGUUGAAGAGAAAAAUGUGGAGACUCAAGAGAAAGUUUGCUGUCCUGUGGAUGGAUGUGCUUGGUUUACAGACUUGUCAAAAAACCGUGUUGCACUCCUGUACCAUGCUCUGGAAGAUCACUAUGGUGAGGUCAAACCUUUAGAACUGGCAUUCCGUGUCGGAAACAGCAGAUGUACUAUUUGCAUGAGGGUUUUGUGGAGUUUCAAACACUUUCAACACCAUGUUGAAAGACACAGGAUCACUCCUCGGCAUCCUUGCCUUCAUCAGGGCUGUACUGCCAGGUUCAAAACCGGAAUGGAAAUGAGACGGCACGCCAGGAGGCACAGUCCACUGCAGGCAGUGUGCUGUCUCCCUGGUUGUUCUCAACUAUUUAUUUGUCUCUGGGCACUAAACCUUCAUGAAAGAGAGCACUACGCUACGUCCAAACCCACUAAACCAGACAAGAUCACAAAUGAGCAAACAGGUGACAAACAUAAUAACUCAGCAGUUGGAAAGAAACAACAGGAUCAUAAGUCAAAAUAUGCUACUGCUGCCACUGCUGUAAAUAAGACUGUGACUGUAAAGGCUGCUCGUAAAUUAAGAGGACAGGCAAUACAUAACUCGUCAUCAAGAAAACACGUUAAAGCUCCUCUCUCCUCUGUCAGAGCAUCUGCAUUGAAACAGGAGUUGAAAGACAGAAAUGAGACCAAGGAUUCAAAUGUCUUAAAGAAUCUCUCCAACAAAGACACCUCCGCACAGCCUACUGUUCCUAAUCUGAGAUUGAGGCAAACAUUAAGAAAAGGGCAAGUAACAAAUUUGGCAGCUCCCAAAACUCACAAAGUCAUCUCAUCAUCAUUGUUAAAACACUGUAGCAACUUGAGGCAUAAAUUAAAGAAAAAGCAGGUCAAAGUAAAGGCAAAGGGUCCUACAAGAAGAGGUCGUCCUCCUAAAUCAAAUAAAGCUGUGCAUGAUGAAAACACUUCUACUGGUCAAAACAAUGAAACUGUCAAAGAAAAAACUUCUCUGCAAAAGGAUCCAAAGAGUCCCACUCAGCAUGCAAGCCCACCUAAAGCAGCAGAGACCACAAAUGUGAGCAACAGGUUAACAGUAGAAGAAAAGAGUAAGCAGGACCAAGAUGUAGUCAAAACUACAGAAACAUCAGUCGAUGAAUCAAAGUCUAAGAAAUCAGUGAACAAGCAGAUUAAGAAGAAUCAUGUUAAACAAAAAGGUGUCUCUCAUGAUAGGUCUACAGCUCUUGAAUCCGAUAACGGUUUAAAUCAAUUAAUCUGCCCCACCUCAGCUGACAAAACACAGAAGUUAACCACUGACAAAAUGAAGAAAGUGCACAAAGCAAAAAAGCGCUCCACUCCUAAAGAAAACGGUAGCCAAACUGCUGCUUCAGACUCCAGCAAGUCGAAGAAGCACAAGGUUACAAAUAGCAUAGUCAACACAAAGACUGUCAAGAAAAAAUGUCCUCUCAAAGAACCAGAGUCUGCCUUGAAAAAGCCUGCCAAGGCAAUAUCUGUUGUCCCACAAGUUGAAGACAAAGCAGCAGCAGCAGUAGCAGCACCACCAGCAGCAGCAGCAGUAGCACCAGUAGUAGUAGAAGAACGUUCUGCUGAUGAGGAUGGAAAAGCAAAGGCAGAAAACACAGACUCAACACAAAACAGCACUGGUAACUCUGUGCCUGCUGUUACAGCCAACAGUUUAAAUGAGGCAAGUACACCACCCUCCAAAUCAGGAGAGAAAACACAGAAGGUAACAACAGAUGAAAAGUCAAAGAAAUCACACAUCAAGAAAAAGGAGACACAUAAAGAAAAGAAUACUAAAAAAGCUUCUUCAGACUCAGGCAAGGCAAAUAAGAAAUACAAAGAUACUAAUAAAAAUGAGGACAAAAAGACAGUCAAGGACAAACGGCCAUACAAAGACCCAGGCAAAACAUCUGCCUUGAAAAUGACUGCCAAGUCAAAAUCUGUAGCCGAACAACAGGAUGAGACCAAAACAGCUGCAGCCUCAGUAAUGAGCACUCUUAAUGAAGAGGGACAAGUAAAGGAAGAAGCCUCAGAUGCAACACUUGACCGCUCUGGUCCCUCCGUGCCUGCUGUUACUAGCAGCUUGAAUGAAAAGAACUCUCCACCCACUGCCACUGAAGAGAACACGCAGGGGGUAACGACAGAGAAAAAAUCAAAGAAAUCUAAUGAUACGAAAAACACUGAUACCAACAAAGCAAGUAAGAAGCACAAGAAAAUUCAUAAAGAAGGUGACCCAAAGAUUAUCAAGAAAAAAUCUAAAGAUCAGGGUCUUCCCUCAGUAUCCGAGGAGCCUGCAAAGUCAAAAGCCGAAGUCCAACCACUUACUGAGGUGAAAGCAGAGGUAGAGGAGAGCUCUGCAGGUGAGGAGGGAAAGACUUCAGUAGAAACACCACCAUCUACAAUUAGCAGCCCCGGUUAUUCUGUAGUAAUGAACGGACAAGCAGCAAGUGAAGAUGUAAAAUCCACAGUGUGUAAGGACACUCUUGCCAAGUAUAGUAAGAGGCCAUACAUGCGCCCGCCACCUACAGCUUACCUUGAUGAGAAGUACAUCACCAUGCCAAAACGGAGGAAGGAGAUGACGCUUUUCCAGUCGCACCAGAUCAGUCCCCCUCCUGGGCAGGCCUGUGUUACAGCAGCUCUACAGAGACAACGAUGUGCCAAUUGUUUCGCUACUUUUAACAGUGCUGAGGAUCUGCAGAGUCAUCUCCAACUGCAGAAGUGCUCGAACCUCUUUGGGUUCGACUCUGAUGAUGAGGGCAACAGUUGAACAGGUCUACCUAAGUCGAAAUGGAUUGUCAUCUCGGAGGCAUAAUAGACUUACCUGUGGACCUGCAUGAGGCCCCUGAACGGAUUGUACCUCAACAGAUCAGUGCUGUCUAAAUGACUCGUUGGUUACUUUCGGGCAAAGACUCAUGCGUCAGGAGUUCUGAGAGGAGGCCGAGAACUUGAAAGGGUUACCUGACUUCUGCUGCGGUGCGUGCCUGUAACGCAAGGCCCGGCAGCGGCCAGAACACAUCCAAUAACCAAUCAAUAAAAAGACUACUGAACUGAAUCCCAGUCAGACUGUUAGCAGAACAGCUAGUACUGAAGUGCCUGCUCUGGAAGCGCCGUGCUGUUUCCAGCUGCUUCACCUGGUAUGGAGAUUAAGCACUGUGGCUUAAAGACUGGACUCUUGAAAGCUGUGAAAAGACUGACGCUAGAUGACGAGGCUGCUCCUGCUAUCACUAGGAUACAUAUUUUUCACAUCAGUAAGCCAUAAAAUGACAUUGUUUGCUUUUUGCACUCUUCUCAUAAGAUAUUCUGUUAAUUUUUUUUCUUCUUAAACUCCAAGUGAUGCGAAUUGUACAAUGAAAUAAGCGUUCAAAGUUCAUGCUAUUUUAACAUCCUAAGGUUACAAACAUAGUGUAGACAGAGUCUAAACUUUGAAAGUUGUAAGAUUGCUGUAUCAGAGUCUUUUUUUUUUUUUUUGGGAUGUUUUUAUGUAGAAUCCUUGUUUAAAUACUAAUUGUAUUUCUUAUACAAAGUUGCCCCAAGGGGUUGGUUAGGUCUGUGCUGCUUGUCCUCAUAAUGAGUAACCAGUAGGGGUCAGUGUGCACCAAUCCGAAGCUCUUCAUUGUGUUAAACAGAUUCCUUUUCUUCCUCUUACUAAACACAAGAUGAUAUUGUUUGCUUUUUUGCAACAGACAGAUUUAUACAUACACAGUUGCUCCACUGCAUUUAUCACUGUACAGCCUCAAGAAAUGCUUUCACUUCCAGUCACAUCCAUCUAGCUGUAUUUCCUUCAGCAAUAACAACUGCCACCCACAAAAUGUGCCAGUAUCCCACUAAUAUUUUUGCUGGAUUCUGUCACUGAUCAUGUUCUGUCAAUUAUUCGCCGUCAGUGGAGCAGCUGACAUUCUGGCUCAUAUUCUAUUUUCUCACUUCAAUAUAGAUUUUUCAUUUUUAUCUUUACUGAACUGUCCAAGACCCUAGAAACAUGUGAUUCCUCUUGUAGGGUGAAUGUUCUCUUUCAGGAUUAAUUCAGAGAGGAACGGAGAUGUGGCAGUCAAACUACCACAGUUUUAAAUGUUACUGGGAGGCCGCACCAGUCUUUCAUGAGCAGCAGCAGGUUAUAUUUAUUUAUGUUUUAUUUUCUAUCUUUUGUAAAUAUUUGAAGAGUUUCAACGGCUUAUUAUAUAAGGGGAUGUUGGAGCCGGGUUUAUAUUUUGUUCUUGAAUUAAAAAUAAAACUUAUUUCAAAUGGC